GCGGAAACAACUUCUCGUGCCAAACAGCGACUGCUUGUUUUCGGGCCUGACACUGCAAGAACCGCGUCAAGCAGCACGCGCACCUUGUUCCUAUCCGGGCACGAGAACCAGGAGAAAACAGCAGCUGCAGAAGAAGUUGCGAAUAUUGAUCAUAUUCAGGAGGUGGGACAAGCUGAUAAUCACAACGAACUCCACAUGUUGGCCGCUACACCCAGCAUUUCAUCGGAAUUGAAGAGCAAGUCGAGACUUCUCCUGCGGAAUAGUGGUGGAACAAAACCUGCCCUGGAGGAUGAAGAUGCAGAAGUGAGUGACGGUGCAUCUACUUCAGCCGCAGAACGGAGGCUCUUUGUACGGGAUGAAAUUGAAACGAAUAGGAACAGCAGCCGCGCCGCAAGAACGAACUCGGGUACUAGAGCCAUGGCCGCGACAUCGCCAGCAGGCACCGGAUUGUCUCAACAGGCCCGCAUGUUCUCUUCAACGACGAGCAGCCCAGGUACACCAAAAACUCCAGAAGGAGAUGAAGAUCCGGAAGAAGACCAGAACGGCAGCAGCAACAACACUCACAAUUUCGCGAUGUUAAAAGCCACAACCGCACGACCUCGAGACGAACCCAGACCAACCUUGAAAAACGACACUCGGAAAGACAUGAUUCGCAAGGUGAUUGAACAGCUUGGCGGGUCCCGCGCCACCGUCCGAGAGGUCGAGCAGCAGCUGGGGAAAAAGUUUAAACUGCACAAGCACACGGAAAUCAAACAGAUUCUGGGGAAGCGGUUGCAAGCGUUUAUCCGCUACGACUUCGAAGAACAACCGGUGACGGAAGAAGAUCGGGAGAAGGUUGCCUCCCUGGUAGAGCAGUUUUCGAAACACUGUGAGGAGCAGAACAAACACGGGAGAUCUGCGGUUCAUAUCGACAUAGACAGUACUGAUUUUUUGAACCUUUUCAAAAACGCCGACCUCGCAGUGUACUUGGAAAGAAACGGGUACAACCGGUGGGUGGCCGAGAAAGC